AUGUCGGCAAGUCCGAUCACGAUCAUGGAGUCGUCGCAUCUCGGGUACCUCAAGCCAUACGAAAUCUUCGUCGACUCGAGCCACGGCGACAUCUACUCGAACGCGUGGCGCGGACAAAAGGCGCGCACGCCACAGGACGACUUUGAGGGGCCGCUUCGAGACGGGUCGCCCGUGGACCUCUUCUCGGCUGCCCACGCCGGCCUUCUCGUUAGCGCGGGUGUCCUUGGCAUGGUCACGACGCUGCUUACUGUCCUCGCGGCGCCAGGACCCGGCCAUGCCGGUCUUGUCAAUCUUGGCUUCUACGCCAGAGUGCUCUUUGCGCUGACCUCGGACAGCGUGCCAUUCCUUGGCUACAAGCGCAAGUCGUAUAUGCUCCUCGGGUGGGCCUCGAUGGCUGUCGCCUUCUUCGUUCUCUCUAUCGUUGCACGCGACGGCGACGCGUAUGCAGCCGCUGUCGUAUUGGCAUCGCUCAGCGCGGCGCUCGUUCAGACAGCCUCGGACGGGCUCAUGGUCGAGUACGCUCAGCGCGAGCCCAUCGAGGCGCGCGGCCGGACGCAAAUCACGCUGCUGGCUUUGAACUGGUUUGGCGCGAGUCUGUCGUCGCUGCUGCUCGCAUGCCUCACCGACGACGCCAGCGGCGACGUGACGUGGGCCCUCGACAAGGCGUCUGUCUUGCGCAUCGUUGCUGUCAUCUGCAUUCUUCCCGUGCCUGCACUUCUCUUUUUCAUUACCGAGUCGCGCCUCGCGCCGUCUCUCGAGUUUCGCCGGCGCCGCUACAUGUUUGGGCGCUUGCUCCAAAACAAGGCCAUCUGGCAAGUCGCUCUCUUCCAAGCCGGUGCGGGCUGCUGCCUCGCCUUAUCGUCCGUUGCCAAUGGGUACAGCCCGCUGCUGUGGUUCCGCACCAUCUACCCCUGGAUCGUCCGACUCGUAUUCUUUGUGCUCUUCGCCUACGCGCUCGCGUACGUGCAACGCCGCGGGCUCUCGUGGCACUGGCAGCGAUCGUUCCUCUCGGCUGCGUCCGCCAACAUGCUUCUCCACGUCCUCCAGCACGCGUCCGUGGUCGACGAUGCGACCAACUGGGGCGCGGUGACCCUUGUCUGGGUCUCGUCUGUGCCGACGGCGAUCCAGUACGUGCUCCGCCACCUCCCGAUGGUCGAGGUCGCCCCGUACGGGUUUGAAGCCACGACGCUUUCGCUUCUAUCGACGUCUGCUGAAAUCGUGCAUCCGCUCAUGAUGGCGCUGCACCAGCACUACGCGGGCCCCGACGGCCGCUGGAGUACGUUGACGUUCUACAUCGCCUUGGGGCUCAACGUCGUCGGGUGUCUCUCUGUAUGGUUCCUUCCCAAGCAGCGCAGUGACUGCAUCUUGCUCCGCCACUUUGGCGGCCUGAGCAAGCUUGCGGCGUGGCUCUUGUUCACGGCGCUGGUAUUGCAUCAAGUGGCCGCAGCAGUUUUGCAGUGGCCAGGGUCGUCCCUCUCCCGUCUCUAG